AUGAAAGUAUUGUUUCUAUUUCUUUUCUUUUCUCCCUUUUUCCAGGUUGUAUUCGCAAUAAUCGAUGGAUUCAGAGCCAAUUCACUAGAUACACUUUCACUGGUUUCGGUUAUCACUCGUUUCCCAGACGGUUACACAAAUGUUUGUGGGGGAGUCCUUAUUGCUCCAAGUAUUGCAAUGACUGCUGCACACUGUGUAUUUCUGAACAACGAAUUCGCAAUCACUGCCAAAGUUACUCUAGGUGACGUCAGUUUAAGUGAAGAAGACGAUGGGGAGCAGGAGUUCAGAAGUCAUGCUAUGGCGAUUAGUAAAAAGUUCGGAAGUGGGAUUCCCGAAGCAAAUGAUGAUGUGGCAAUUGUGUUUCUUCCUAAAAGAACAAACGUUUGUGAGUCACCAGUUUCAUCACAAAUCGCACGACUUCCAACCACAGUGUCUAUUAAUUUUAAAGAAACGCCAAAAAUUCCAUCCAACUUUCAACUGGAAAACUCAAUUUGUUGGAUUGCUGGUUGGGGAAAAACGGAGAAUAAAACAGCAUCUCAUAGCGAUUCAGUUCUACAGAUGAUGGUGAAACUUGUUGUUCGAAGAAUUGGAAAUAAAAAAUAUCUGAUGGCAAAAGGAAUAGUUGGUAGUAGCAGAGCAUGCAUGGGUGAUUCUGGAAGUCCUGUUUACUGCUUCAUUGAUGGAAGGCGCACAUUGAUUGGAACUGUAGCUCAUAUUGGAUCGUUUGUGAAAAUGAGUCAACACGAUCCAUCAAAUCAUCUUCAAUUCUGUCGAGACUUUGAAUAUGCAUUCAUUUCUGAUUGGAGAGAAAGUUCUGCAAGAAUUGUGGAAAUACUAGAAAAUUAUGGGGAGCUGUAUCAAUUGGAAGAGGGACAGACACUAUGUUUUGGAUCAGGAAAUUUUUGA